AUGACCACCCCUUCUGACCCUGCGAAGGUGAUGGUGAUUCGCGACAUAACCCCUAACAUCACCACUCUCAGUGUUCCUUUCGCUCGAUUCGGGCUCAUCAAGGUUGGCGGCCGCGCCACCCUGGUCAAGCUGCAAACUGGAAACAUUGCAGUCUUCUCGCCGGUAGCCCUCACCUCCGAUGUAAAGUCUAAAGUCAGGACCAUGGGCCCAAUAAAAUACAUUGUUGCCCCUGAUAUCGAACAUCACAUCUUCGUCACUCCCUGGGCAAAAGAAUAUCCUGAAGCAGAAGUCGUCGGCGUGGAGGGCUUGCCCGAAAAGAGAGAGGGAAAUCCAGACACAAAGGGAAUCAGGUUCCAUCAUAUUUUCACAGCCAAGAACAAACGCGAUAUGCGCAUCAGCCCGGAAUUCGACGAGGAGUUUGAUUACGAGUAUUUCCACUCUCAUUCCAACAAAGAGCUUGUCUUCCUGCACAAGCCCAGUCGAACGUUGAUUGAGGCCGACAUGUUGUUCAAUCUCCCAGCUACUGAGCAAUACUCGAAAGCGGCAGAAGAUCCUCGCUCAGGUAUCUUGACUAAGCUGUUUGCAAGCCUGAUGAAUACUCAAGGGAAUUUGAUAUGGCAGAAGAGAUUCCUGUGGUAUGCAGCGGGCGGGAAAGAUAGGCCAGGGUUCGCCGAAUCAGCGAAGAGGAUCCGACGCUGGGAUUAUGACAGGAUCAUUCCGUGCCAUGGGGAUGUGAUUGAAACGGGCGGCAAGAGCAUUAUGGAGCAGGCCACUGCUUGGUUUGUUGAAAGUAAGCAGUGA